AUGGAGGAAGUCAAGUCAGUGUCUCAAGGCCUGGGCCAUAGGUCGAUACGCAUGUCGACCUUCCAGCUUCCCGUGCCCGAAGAUGGGCAGGGCGACGAUGACAGCCAGGGACGGUGUAGCACGAUGGCUAAGUUUCUCCACCGUCGACUCACUGCUCAGGGUUGGGUCCACUCCACACCCGAUGAGAGUGGCAGACAAGGUGGCGUUGUCCUUGCAACUGGCGAUGAAGCCAUCUUCGUCUCCGAGCCAGACAAUUGCUACCCCGAGCUAGUCGACUUUUGUCGCAAGGCAGACAUUGCCGCUCUGUGCACGAUGCAGGGUGAUGUAGUCGGCCACAUCUUCCAAAGACUUCAUCACGACACAACCGAGAUCACACUGGCAUCCGAUCAAAUAAUACCAGUUGUGUCUUCACUCAGUGACCUUGUACGCAAUGACUUGAGCGUAAGGCGUCGUGACUUUGCUUGCUUCGUGAGGAAAGAAAAGCUUCUUCUUGCCUGGAGCCAAACCGCAGAUGGGCUGAUACCUCACGCCAACCAUCUCGAAACCAAGAUGAUGGGAGCAAUAUGGGGUAGCAGCCUUGAGGGUCUCCCGACACCCCCUGGGAGGACGGGAAUGCAUACUCCCGACUCCAGAGGCUUCGAGAGACCAGUCAGCUACUAUGGCUCCGAAAAGGCCAUCGAAGCUGACAGCAGCUCCAUCUCUCUCGACGCUGAAGAUGAAGAAGCCCUCAAGGUACCACCUCGGCCCUUUGUCCUCACCCACUCCAUUAUGAUUGGCCUCGCAAUGUGUCUCUUGAUCGUCGUCGAAGCUCUCGCCGUCCGCGUCAUCAUCGUUGAAAUCCGCCUACUGGGGUCGGCUGCAUACAAUCGUCUUGCCCUUCUUGCUACUCUCCCCAUAUUCAUGUUCAUGGGAAUGUUCGUCUUCACUGUCCUGUUCGGCUGUCUGUUCCAGGCCUUUGGUCCUAUGCAUGACAUCAAGAGCGGAAACACUCGCUACUUCAGCGCUCGAGCACCUGAGCUACGCCGCCACCCCAACAUUCAGUGGCCACACAUCACUAUCCAGAUGCCUGUCUACAAAGAGGGCUUGAAGGGCGUCAUUAUCCCUACAAUUAACUCUGUCCUCCCGGCAAUUGCCCAUUACGAGCGACUUGGCGGUACAGCUUCCGUCUUUGUCUGCGAAGACGGAAUGCAAGCUGUGAAGCCCGAGAUUGCCGAGAUGAGACGGAAGUUCUACCGCGCCAACAACAUUGGAUGGGUCGCCCGUCCCCCGCAUAACAAAGACGGCUUUGUCCGUGCCGGCAAGUUCAAGAAGGCGAGUAACAUGAACUAUGCGCUCGACUUCAGCCUGAGGGUAGAGGAUGAGCUCCUCAAACUCCUGAGGGUCAAGGCAGCGCAUCUUCAAUGCCGCGAAGAAGACAUCUCCGUCGAGAUUGAAAACGAGUUGUACGAAGAGGCAUUGCAAACAAUGCUCGCUGCUGAUGAAGGUCGGACGAUGGCUGCUGGUAACAUUCGCAUGGGAGAUAUUAUCCUGCUUAUUGACUGCGAUACUAGGGUGCCUGUUGAUUGCCUCUCUCUUGCCGCCAUGGAGAUGGAGGAAAGCCCUGAGGUCGCCAUAAUACAGCACGCAUCGGGUGUGAUGAAUGUUACCCACAGCUUCUUCGAGAACGCAAUCACGUACUUUACCGAUCUUGUCUACCUCCUUAUCCGCUUCUCCGUCGGCAACGGCGACUAUGCCCCAUUUGUCGGCCACAACGCAUUCCUCCGAUGGAAGGCUCUUCAAAGCGUCCGGUUCACUGAUAGUAAAGGACGGGAGCUGUUCUGGAGUGAGGAUCACGUCUCAGAAGACUUUGACAUGUCGCUUCGUUUGCAAACGGCUGGCUUUGUCGUUCGCCUUGCGACUUAUGAUAAUGGCGAAUUCAAGGAAGGUGUGUCGCUUACCGUCUUUGAUGAGUUACUUCGCUGGGAGAAAUAUGCCUACGGUUGUUCUGAACUUAUCUUCAAUCCCAUGUACACAUGGCUCUGGCGGGGCCCCUUUACAAAGCUCUUCUUGCGCUUCCUCUGGUCCAACAUGAAGCUCUCCUCCAAAUUCACCAUCCUUGGAUACGUCGGUACCUACUACUCUAUCGCAGCCGCCCUCCCCCUUGCCCUAGCAAACUACUUCCUGACCGGCUGGAUCGCCGGUGACAUCGACCAAGCGUACAUGGACAGCUGGAACGUCCUCGCCGGCCAGCUCGUUAUCUUUGUGGGUGCUUCGCCCAUCCUAUUUGCCUGGUACCGCCACCGCCUUGGCAAUAUGAAAUUCUGGUGGGCGCUCCUCGAGGCGUGGAAGUGGUUGCCUUUUUUCGUCGUCUUUUUCGGCGGCCUUAGUUGGCAUCUUUCGUAUGCUUUGCUGGCACAUAUUCUCUCGCUGCCCAUCGAGUGGAGCAGCACGGCCAAGGAGCUGGAGAGUUCGGGCUUCUUCAUUAGCUUGGAGAGAGUCUUGCAGACUUUCAAGUGGGCGCUGCUCUUCACCAUUCCCAUCGCCGCUGGCAUGGUCUAUUUGGCCCAGUUUGCUCCAGUCGGGUGGGAGAUUUCGGACUGGACUUCGAUUGUUCCGCUUGCUAAUCAGAUCGGCGGACACAUUGGUCUUCCCCUCCUGAGCAUCCUUCUUUGA